AUGCUUCAUGUUUUUAUCGACUUGCUCACAUUCCCGAACUUAUGUGCGGGAAUAUUUCUUUUGAUAUCAGCAGCAAUAGGAGGUAUUGGUUUCCUAUCAUUCAUGACUCCAUGGAUAUCUCGUAAACGUUCAGAAUUGCUAGAAGACGAACAUGCUUAUGGAACUAAAGAAGUGAUUCCAACAAUGCUUAAGGCGAAUGUAGAAGACAGACCUCGGUUCACUGAACCUUCUCUUUAUCUUUCUAUCGUCGUUCCCGCUAUGAAUGAAGAAGAAAGAUUACCCGGAAUGCUGGACGAAUGCCUUGAAUAUUGUGAAUCAAGAAAAGUACAAGACAAUGAUUUCACUUAUGAGGUUGUUGUUGUGGACGAUGGUAGCAGAGAUAAAACGGCUCUUAUUGCAAGUGACUAUGGCAAGCGUUUUGGAACGGUAAAAGCAAUAAAACUUCCUCAAAAUCGCGGCAAAGGAGGGGCAGUUCGUGUAGGAGUGCUUCACAGUGCCGGGAAAUUGGUAUUGUUCGCUGAUGCCGAUGGCGCAACUAAGUUCUCAGAUAUUGAAAAAUUAGAGCACGAAAUGACUCGUAGUUCUGGAGGAUCAGUUGAUCCUACAUUCCCGGGUAUCGUUGUAGGAUCGCGAGCACAUUUGGAAGAAGAAGCGAGUGCCACUCGAUCCGUAUUCAGAACCCUUCUUAUGCAUGGUUUCCACGUGCUUGUUUAUGCCUUUACUGUUCGUACCAUUAGGGACACUCAAUGUGGUUUCAAGUUAUUUACCAGAGCUGCUGCAGCUAGACUGUUCCCUGUUUUGCAUGUUGAAAGAUGGGCAUUUGAUGUUGAAUUACUGUAUCUUGCCGAGAAGUGGAAGAUGUCCAUUAAAGAGGUUUCUGUUGUCUGGGAAGAGAAAGAAGGAUCUAAAAUUGUACCGGUUUGGUCUUGGCUGCAAAUGGGAAGAGAUUUACUUUUGAUUUGGUUCCGUUAUACUGUUGGUAUUUGGACCGACAACGAACACUUUUAG